AACAAUUUAAGUUUUCUAGUGCGAGAGGUCGUAGUUUUAAAAAAAUCGGACGUCUGGGCGCGUAACCUUGAGUACAUAAUCGCUAUAUUCGCCCGCGGUUAUCGAAAAUAUUGGAUAAUUAGUAAAAAUCCAAUAAUCGUUUUUACGUAAAUCGUAGAACGAGAAACGCCAAUAUUCACAAGUAAUUCUCAGGAAUAUAGUUACCUGCCAAGCUCCGUGUGCCAAACAAAGGGAAAUUUAGAUAUUUAGAAAAUGUUCUAUUGUGUCGUCGCUGCAUAAAUUUGACUUCAUAAAUAGCCGAUAAAGUAACUCAAACAACCAUGACAAACUCGCCUUCAACCAAAAGCAUAAAAGAAAGCAUGGUACCGAGAUGGUACUUUGGGGGGAUAGCGUCCGCUAUGGCCGCCUGCUGUACUCACCCCCUGGACCUUUUAAAGGUACAUCUCCAGACACAGCAAGAAGGAAAACUGUCGAUUAUAAGAGUUACUACUAACAUUAUUAAAGAACAAGGUCUCUUAGCUCUCUACAGCGGUCUCACUGCCUCACUCUUAAGACAACUGACAUACUCAACGACUCGUUUUGGAAUUUAUGAAGUGGCCAAGCAAAAUUACUCGUUAGAUUCGUUUACCUCUAAGGUCUUCACAGCUGCGGUGGCAGGCGCUUGCGGUGGUUUCGUUGGCACUCCGGGGGACAUGGUCAACGUUAGGAUGCAGAACGACAUCAAACUACCUAUAGAAUUGCGACGAAAGUAUAAGCAUGCCAUAGACGGCUUAGUACGGGUAUGUAAAGAAGAAGGACCUUUAAAGCUAUUUAACGGAGCCAGUACCGCCACCUCUAGGGCCGUACUAAUGACGAUAGGGCAAAUAUCAUUUUACGAACAGAUCAAAUACCUGAUGCUCAGGACAACAUUUUUUGAGGAUAAUCUCACUACGCAUUUUCUGGCCAGUUUAGGUGCCGGUGCAAUAGCGACGUCGCUGACUCAGCCCCUGGACGUCUUAAAAACGAGGGCGAUGAACGCGAAACCGGGGGAAUUCUCUUCGAUGUGGGCCCUCAUAACUUAUACGGCGAAAAUGGGGCCUUUGGGCUUCUUUAAAGGGUACGUCCCUGCCUUUGUGAGACUCGCACCGCAAACCAUUUUGACUUUUGUCUUCCUGGAGCAGCUCAGGAUGAAUUUUGGGGUGUUACAUGAGGAUCAUAAACCGAAGGAGGUGUAAUAAGGAAUUAGAGAUACUUAGAGAGGUUUUUUUUAAAGAGAUAUACAAUUUUUUGGGCUAGUUAGUUUAUAUUAUAAAGAGAUACACUCAAUUUUAAGGAUUUUUAACAUGUAUGUUAUAGGAAAUGUUGUUCUCUGUUGCUUAAUAUGUAAAAUUGUUUUUAUUUUUGAUAAUUUAAGUUUUGUUUAAUAGCAAUAUUUAUUUUUCUGUACGAAAAUAUAGAUUUUAUCAAGGCA